AUUCGUAGGGUUUAGUCGUAAAAAAGACGGUUUCUUCUCAGUUUCGAUUCUUUUCGUGACUUGUUGUUCAAAAUGUAAUUUAAAAUUUUAAAAGAUAUUUUCGUGAGAUAGAAAGAUUACUUCUUGUCGUGUCUGUCUGUGACAGUUUCUCUCACUUUCUAUCUCUAACUCUCUCUGCUUUACCUUCUGUUUAUUUGAUUCUCUCGGAUUCUAGGUUUUGAAAUCGAUUUUUUUUAUAAAUGCGAAAGUUAGACUGAGAAAAGAAAAAAGAAGACGAAUUAAAAUGGAGCCUCCAACGGGAAUAUUGUCAUCUCUGUGGCGAUUCAUACUCUUCAUUCCUUAUUUCACUGCCUUGCUCUUCCUCGGUCUUCUUAAAGGACCCCUUUGGGUUGUCAUUUAUUCGUGUGUGAACUUCUUCAUUCAUCGAUCAGUUUUGCCCAGUUUAGGGUUCUUCAAUACCAAAAAGUAUCGUUUUCUGCCCGCUUAUAUGCCUAAUUAUGGCAAUUGGAAACUCUGCAAUUAUCUUAGGCCUUUUACCAGUACAUGCCAUUUGGACUCUCUAUUCCAUAUCAAGUGCUAAACAAUUAGGUCCAAUCUUGAAGCUCUUUCUCUGCUUAUUAUGCCUUCCUCUUGGCAUCAUUCUCUGGCUUGUGGUUAGUAUCUUAGGAAGUAUCCUCGGAGGAGCUUUGUAUGGCUUUCUUUCCCCAAUCUUCGCCACCUUCGAUGCUGUUGGUGAAGGGAAGUCUAACCCCUUUUUCCAUUGCUUUUACGAUGGAACUUGGAGCACUGUUAAAGGCAGUCUCACUGUUGUCUGCGAUUUUAAAGACGUUUGCUUUCACUCCUACUUUUCUUUCAUGGAUGAUCUUAGCGCGGAUCAUCAUCCUCAUCACUAUUAUGAAAUAAGGUUACUACAAAUCCCAGGCGCUGUGAUUGCUGCUGUUCUUGGAGUUAUUCUUGAUUUCCCUGUGAUUUCACUCAUAGCCUUGUUUAAAAGCCCUUACAUGUUGUUCAAAGGCUGGCGCCGUUUGUUUCAUGAUCUCAUUGGACGUGAAGGUCCUUUCUUGGAAACCAUGUGUGUCCCUAUCGCAGGUCUUGUCAUCUUGCUCUGGCCUUUAGGUGUCGUCGGUGCGGUUCUAGCUUCUGUGCUCUCUAGUGUCUUCCUUGGUGCCUACGCUGGUGUUGUCUCAUACCAGGAAUCUUCGUUUUACUUUGGUCUCUGCUAUGUUGUUGCUUCUUUGUCGAUCUACGAUGAGUAUAGUAAUGAUGUUCUUGACAGGCCUGAAGGCUCUUGCUUUCCUAGGCCAAAGUUUCGAAGAAAGGAAGAGGAAGGUGGUGGUGGUCUUUCAAGACCAAGCUCUUUCAAGACAAGUCCAUCAAGAGGAGGAUCAAACAGAGGCCCAAUGAUUGACCUGAAGCCACUUGAUCUUCUGGAAGCUCUCUUUGUGGAAUGUAGGAAGUACGGAGAGACUAUGGUAACGAAAGGGAUCAUAAACUCAAAGGACAUUGAAGAAGCUAAGUCUAGCAAAGGCAGUCAAGUGAUCAGUUUUGGUUUACCUGCUUACUCCCUUCUUAACGAGCUUCUACGCUCUAUCAAAUCCAAUUCCACCGGUUUGUUACUCGGUGACGGUGUAACAGAGAUAACUACAAGGAACCGCCCUAAAGAUGCCUUCUUUGAUUGGUUUCUGAAUCCGUUUCUGAUCAUUAAAGACCAGAUUGAAGCAGCGAAUCUAUCUGAACAAGAAGAGGAGUACCUUGGAAAGUUGGUAUUGCUGUUUGGAGAUUCAGAGAGACUUAAAAGCUCCAUCACUGAAUCUGAAUCUCCUCCUUUGACGGAACUAAGAAAAGCUGAACUUGAUUCCUUUGCUCGCAGGCUUCAAGGACUGACCAAAUCAGUGUCAAGAUAUCCAACAUUCAGAAGACAUUUUGUGGAACUAGUCAAGAAACUAUCAAAUGAUCUAGACAAGAAACAUAACCGGUUUGAAGGCGGUGGCGGCGGCUCAAGACCGGUUAAGAAAACCGUUUCUCGGAUUUUCAGCCAGAAAUCGUUCAAGAAAAAGACGAGUAGCAGCAAUGGGUCAGAUCAUCAGGAUUCACCAAACCGUGGCUUAAGAGACAUUGAUAUUGUGUAACCCAAGUGUAAGUAACAAUGUCUAAUGUUGUUGUUGGUUUAGCUCUGUAAUGAUAAGCUUUUUAAUUUUUAUACAGAUUCAGUGAAUAUGAAACUGUUUCAUUUUUACAAAUGUUCUGGAUGAGCCAGUAGUCCGCUUUUCUUGA